UAAAAACUGAAAAAAAAAGAAAAAAAAAAGAGAAAAAUACUGUUGAACCCUUCCUUCGUCUUUCCCGUCUACCUUCCUUCGUAAAAACCCUAAGUGCAGAGUACUUGGAUACUAAACCUUCGCCCGAGUGUUUAUUAAAAAAAAAAAAAAAAAAAAAAACAAAACAAAACCUUACGCCCGAGUUUUGCCACAAAGCUCUCGGUCUCUUACGCCCGAGUUUUGCUCCCCCCAAAAGCUUUCGGUCUCUUCUGCCGCCAUGGCCGAAACGCAGAGCACCUCGCAUAACACUUCGUCCGAGGCCAAGAAGAGGAAGCGAAAGAGAAGCCGGAAGCAAUCUUCAUCAACCAUUAUGGAACAGCAAGAACCUUUGGAAGCCCAGGAAGUAGAGGAAGAUGGAGAAGCUGUGAAGAAGAGUGAGAAGGAGAAGAAGAAGAUGAAGAAGAAGAAUAAGCUGAAAACAGAGAAAAUGGAGCCUGAAAAGUCUACUGAGAUGGAAGAAGAAGACGAAGAUGAUGAAGGAGAAGAAAACAAAGAUGAGGAAGAGAAGAAGAAUAAGGUGAAGAGUAAAGGAGGGUUUGGGAUUAUGAGUAUGGAAUCUUUUGAUUCAUUGGGGUUAUCUGAGCCCACUUUCAAGGCCAUUAAAGAUAUGGGUUUUGAGCAUAUGACUCAGAUUCAAGCCAGAUCAAUUCCGCCACUUUUGCUUGGAAAAGAUGUUCUUGGAGCUGCUAGGACCGGUUCUGGAAAAACUCUUGCUUUUCUAAUACCAGCUGUGGAGUUGUUGUACCACACACACUUUGCCCCUCGCAAUGGAGCUGGAGUUGUGGUUAUUUGCCCAACAAGGGAACUUGCAAUACAGACUCAUGCUGUUGCAAAAGACCUUCUCAAGUAUCACUCACAGACUCUAGGCUUGGUUAUUGGUGGUGCUGCUAGAAGAGGAGAAGCAGAACGUAUCGUAAAAGGAGUAAAUCUAUUGGUGGCAACGCCUGGUCGCCUUCUUGAUCAUCUUCAAAAUACCAAGGGAUUUGUAUUCAAAAAUCUAAAAUGUCUCAUGAUUGAUGAAGCUGACAGAAUAUUGGAAGCAAAUUUUGAAGAAGAGAUGAAACAAAUUAUCCGGCUUCUACCGAAGGAUAGGCAAACAGCUUUAUUUUCAGCAACCCAAACUAAGAAGGUUGAAGAUCUUGCUCGCUUGUCGUUUCAAACAACUCCUGUCUAUAUCGAUGUGGAUGAUGGUAGAACUAAGGUUACCAAUGAAGGGCUGGAACAAGGAUAUUGUGUUGUGCCUUGUUCCAAGAGAUUUAUUCUUCUAUAUUCUUUCCUCAAGAGAAAUCUGUCUAAGAAAGUCAUGGUCUUCUUCUCAUCAUGUAACUCAGUCAAAUUCCACAGUGAACUUUUGAGAUACAUCAAUGUACCUUGCUUCGAUAUCCAUGGAAAGCAAAAGCAGCAGAAGAGGACAACUACGUUUUUUGACUUCUGCAAAGCAGACAAAGGGAUUUUGCUCUGUACUGAUGUAGCAGCUCGAGGACUUGAUAUCCCUGCUGUGGACUGGAUUGUUCAGUAUGAUCCUCCUGAUGAACCAAAGGAAUAUAUUCACAGGGUAGGUCGAACAGCUCGUGGGGAAGGUGCGAAAGGAAAUGCACUACUUUUCCUCAUUCCUGAAGAGUUGCAAUUUCUUCGCUAUCUGAAGGCAGCAAAAGUUCCUGUUAAAGAGUACGAAUUUAGCAAUAAGAAGCUUGCAAAUGUGCAGUCUCAUCUGGAGAAAUUGGUCUCUGGUAACUACUAUUUGAACAAGUCAGCAAAAGAUGCAUAUAGAUCCUAUGUAUUAGCAUAUAAUUCACACUCUAUGAAGGACAUCUUUAAUGUUCACCAUCUGGAUAUGCAGGCGGUUGCAGCAUCAUUUUGCUUCUCUAACCCACCAAAGGUGAAUUUGAACAUAGACAGCAAUGCAUCAAAGUUUAGGAUGAAAAGGCGUAAAGUUGAGGGAAGCCGGCAUGGAUUCAGUGAGAACAAUCCUUAUGGAAAGCUGAAAGGUGGUGGAGAUGACAAAACCCAAUUUGUAAGGUAUUAGCAGAAACAGAUUUAUGGCUCUGCACAAAUUUUGUUAGGAUAGAUGGAAACGGGGGCCGGUCGGGUUAAGUUUUUUUCCCGUGAAGAAAAUACCAUUUUGUUUUGAGGGCGUUUUUGCACAAUUUCUAUUUUUCUUGCUUGUUGAGAUGUGAAAUCAGUGACUAAAUAUUUGUAUUAAGUUUUUAGCAAAUUUAUUUUCAAUUUGAUAACAAGUCUAUUUAAUCUUUUAUUUCUCUGA